CUGAUGCGGUGCAGAAAGAGGAAAAGAGGCUAUAGGAAGUUAGCGAGUAAGCGGUCGGCUCUCCUUUAUCCUAAUAUAAAAAUGAUAAUAAUCACUAUAAAAUACAGAACUUAGGUGAAAAUGUUUAGGUGAUCGUUCUAAGGAGAAGUCUUAAAUGGACUUUCUGUAAUUAAUUUGGAUGCACACGCACUUCAACACAUAUUUGUUGUUUUUGUUUACGCUGUCAUUCACAGUGCCGUGUUAUUUGGGAGUACGCACGCGCAGUGAGUGAGCGUCAUUGUUUUAUUAAAGUAGGAGCUGUUACUUGCUUAACGCGCCUAUGUAUUUUGCUCAAAGGUCAGCCUGUCCCAUUUAAACAACCGUGUGUAAAGUCCACUUGUCAUUUAGUCGAGUUUGCAGCAACAGGACAAAAAUGCAAGCCUUGCAGAAUAUUGAACAGUUUACUAAGGGAGUGAAAAUGGACAAGUGGGCAGUGGCUCUGGUCACUGGUGCUACCUGCGUUGUCGGAUCCGUGGUUAUGCUGGUGAAAAAGAUCAGCAGCCACCGAGAGACGGAGGAAAAGAUCAAGAGAGCCAGAAACAAGAGAGAGGAGAGCUUGCAGCGGGCAGAGCAGGCGGUGCUCCGCUACAAAGAGUCGCAUCCGACAACUGACUCUGCUUUCAUCCUGACACUCUCCCUGUCUGAGCUGACACAGCAACUGAAGGAAGGCUCACUUACCCCUGAGGAUGUGCUUUACUCUUAUAUGGAAAAGACUCUGGCUGUAAACAAAAAGCUGAACUGCUGCACUGAAAUUUUGCUGGAGAGUUUGGACCAGCUGACAACUGUUGGCUCCAACAAGGAUGGUCUCUUGUACGGAGUUCCAGUUAGCGUCAAAGAAAAUAUUACAUUUAAGAAUCAUGACUGUUCUUGUGGUGUGGUCAUUAACCUGGACCAGCCCGCUGAAAAGGACAGUGUGCUUGUUCAAGUCCUGAAGAAACAUGUUGUUGUUGAUCUGAGACUUUUCCUCGUGUUUCUGCCAGCUUUGGUGCUCUUUGUGGAGUUGGGUGAGAAAGUUCCAGAGCUGUGGAAGCAACAUGCUGCUGUUGAGGACUACAUUCAAGAGACAAUAGCACAUUGGAGGAGCUGCAACAUUGACGUGCUGCUGUGUCCUGUGAUUGGACCAGCCUACAACUUCUUGUACUGUGGCAAACUUUCAACUGCUGCCAGCUACACGAUGCUCUACAAUCUCCUUACCUUUCCUGCGGGUGUAGUCACUGUUUCCACAGUGACCACAAAGGAUGAGGAGGAACUCAAGCACUAUAAGGGCUGUUAUCAGGACAUGUGGGACAAACUCUUCAAAGAGGCAGUGACCGGUGGCGAGGGUCUACCUGUGGCGGUUCAGUGUGUUGCUCUGCCGUGGCAGGAUGAGCUCUGCCUGCGCCUCAUGAAGGAAGUGGAACAACUGGUCAAAGAAAGCAAGAAGUAAAGCUGCUUUCUUUCUCAGUCUCACAGGAGAGGCUGCAGACUUGAGAGGAGACACGUUAACUUGAGUAUUUCCUGUAAUAAUGAGCUAAUUGUGUGAUAAAUAGUGGAGUAUUCUCUACACUACAAGCUUAAUCUGGGCACUUUUUGUUUUUUGGCUGUUUGUUGAAGGUUAAAUAAAAGGUAAUUGGUAAAAUUA